AUGAAUAACUUGCUGUUUAAAGAAAGUGUGUCUGGAUUUGAAAAGGCUGCAGCUGAGGAGACAGAUGUUGAUAACAUCAUUGAGAUCAGUGAUACAAGAAAGGAGGACAAUUCAACUAUAGUUUCAAUGAAGAAAAUGCCUAUGUCUUUCAAGUGUAAGGUGUUAGAUCUGAUUGCACUGAAACUCUUGAAACAUGUUCAAAUCAGUGAGUGA